UUGCUCAAACAAAAUAGAUAAAAAAUAGUACUAAUAACAAUAAGAAAAACAAAAUAUCAGUAGCUAGUAGUUAUUAGUUUCACUUCACGAUUUUCGAUCAAUCAAUCGUUGUUGUUGUUGAAAUUCCAAGCUUUGCUAAAAUGCGCCGGCUCCUCUUCCAAGCCUCUCACGAGUACUUUCAGGAAGAUAGGUGCUUGGAUGGAAUGCGCAACCAAAGUACGAAACAUUACAAGGUUAGCGAAUACUAGCAUCUGCAAUAUACACUUAACGCACCUAUGGCGUCUGCUAGCCUAGGAAAUGGGGGAGUGGGCAGUUCCAGGUCCAUUAAUGGUUUCAAGAGUUCAUCUAGUUCAGUUGACUGGUUGGGGAGGGAAAUGCUGGAGAUGAGAUUGCGGGACAACUCUGAUCAUGACGAGGACAGAGAUAGCGAACAGGAUAUUAUUGAUGGUGUGGGUGCCGAAACAGGGCGUGUAAUAAGAACAACUGUAGGUGGUCGAAAUGGGCAAUCGAGACAGACGAUCAGCUAUAUUGCAGAACAUGUGGUUGGAACUGGUUCCUUCGGUGUUGUUUUCCAAGCAAAAUGUAGAGAAACUGGGGAGAUUGUUGCCAUCAAGAAGGUCCUCCAAGACAAGCGCUACAAAAACAGGGAAUUGCAGAUUAUGCAGAUGUUGGAUCAUCCAAAUAUCGUUGCAUUAAAGCACUGCUUUUUCUCAACAACGGAUAAAGAAGAGCUUUACCUGAACCUUGUCCUUGAAUAUGUUCCUGAAACUGUUCACAAGGUUGCAAGAAACUAUAGCAGGAUAAACCAACGGAUGCCCCUGAUAUACGUUAAACUUUACACCUAUCAGAUAUGCAGGGCACUUGCUUAUAUCCAUAAUUGCAUUGGAAUUUGUCACCGGGAUAUCAAGCCUCACAACUUACUUGUAAAUCCCCACACUCAUCAGUUGAAACUUUGUGAUUUUGGAAGUGCCAAAGUGUUGGUAAAAGGGGAACCAAAUGUUUCUUACAUCUGCUCAAGGUAUUACCGAGCUCCAGAGCUUAUAUUUGGUGCUACAGAAUAUACGACGGCUAUAGAUAUUUGGUCGACAGGUUGUGUAAUGGCUGAACUACUACUUGGACAGCCUUUGUUUCCUGGUGACAGUGGAGUUGAUCAACUAGUUGAGAUCAUUAAGGUUUUGGGAACGCCAACAAGAGAAGAGAUAAAGUGCAUGAAUCCAAACUAUACCGAAUUUAAGUUCCCACAGAUAAAACCCCAUCCAUGGCAUAAGGUCUUCCAAAAACGUCUACCCCCAGAAGCAGUCGAUCUCGUAUGUCGGUUUUUCCAGUAUUCCCCUAAUUUGCGCUGUACUGCUUUGGAAGCUUGCAUUCAUCCGUUCUUUGAUGAAUUAAGGGACCCUAAUACUCGCCUUCCUAAUGGCCGCCCUCUUCCUCCAUUGUUCAAUUUCAAAUCUCAGGAGCUAUCAGGCAUUCCACCGGACGUCGUAAAUCGGCUAAUUCCAGAGCAUGCUCGCAAACAGAACUUGUUCAUGGCUUUGCAUACCUAGCCUUUGCAAAUUCCUGUGAUCUUUCUUGGUUCUGAAUCUGGUAUUGCACCAGUAGCUGUAGAAUCUUCUCCCUUCUCAUUUGUGCAAUGUGAG